GACAUAUUCCAAGAAAAACCAGGUUGCUGACUGGCAACAGAACAUGAAUUAUUGCCGGGAGAAGGUUAAAACGGUGAAACCAUACGCACACGGGCGCACUUUACUUGAUCUAGUUGAUCUCCACAUUAUGGAUUACCUAAUUGGUAACCAAGAUCGCCAUCACUAUGAAACAUUUGCAGUUUUUGUGGAUUCACCAUCUUAUUCAAUUCAUUUAGAUAAUGGGCGAGCAUUUGGACGGACAGAUUUUGAUGACGAUGAUAUAUUGCUACCAUUAAGGCAAUGCUGCGUGUUAAGGCCAUCGACCUUCCUUACUCUGCUAAAUUAUUACAAAGGACCUACUUCUCUGAGCAGAGCACUUCAUCAGUAAGU